AAACGACAUGGUCGGUGGUAGUGGUGGUAGUGGGAUCGUGCGUUUCUGGAGUGGCGGACGGACGACAGUUUAGGCAGACGACGAAAGGGACUCGACUCGACUCCUCUCUACUCUCUACUCUGUCCUGUGUGUGUGCGUGUCUGUGUGUGCGACACAGGGCCACUCGAGCAGACGAGAACUAACACUGAAGACGGGAGAGAAGUAGUGAAACCUGUUGUACCUCUGCCUUCUCGCGGAUUUCAUUGGAUACUUUCAUACAUGACUGUGUGACAUCGCAACGAAUUGGACGCGGUGGUCCACCAUUAUACUCACAAGUUGGUUUAAAAUGACAUAAUUUUACAACUGUCUGUGUUUGCUACGUUUGUGCGUGUUUUUUCAUGUUCAAGUCAAAACGGAUUAUUUCGAUAAAUUUGUCGACAUUUCUUUCUGGAUAUCAAAGUUAUCGUUUGGUGAAUCUACCCUGGAUUAACCAACCCCUCGCUUGGUGGGUCUCGCUACUGUGGAGAUCUAGUGGAUAUAUUCUAAAUCUGUUUGGAUUUUCCCCCCGGAACAGCUGAGCGAGCGUUGGGCUACACGAUAGAUUGUUGUGAUCUGUAGGCCUACUGGUGGACGGUCUCCCGUUCAGAAUCAACAGCCCCCAGCCCCGGCAGUGUGAGGAGAGAGGAGCAAGUCCUCGCAGACACAAGAGCUGACUGACGUUGUCGUGCAGGGGGGAGGGAGAGGUCAGAGGUCAGCCAUGGAGUCGCUGGAGGAGUCGGGACAAGGGCCCCAGAUAGGGGCCGACCCUUUCCUCACAGACACCUGUGAUGUGCGCUCUCUCACGCAGCAUGAGAACUACCCUGCAGUUAUAGUUCUUCCCCAACCCAGUGACUUUGUUGAACUGCUCAGUGAAAGAGUUCACGUUCUUGAUUCCGAUUCAUUGGAGCUUGUUAUGCACAAUAAAUCUUCUUCAGGAUUCCGUCCCGUAGACAUUUCACCGAUGGACACUCAUAAAUUGUUCCCAGACUCUGGUGCUGAAAGUGACGAUUCUGGGAUACAUAGUUUUUCUGAUGUUAACUUUUUCACAAGACGGAGAAGUUUCUUCGAUGAGGAUGAUGUGUUAGAAAAUAAUGUGUACUUGGAUUUUAAUGAAUUGACUGUGCCAAAAGAUAUGGAUGGGGAUAGAGAUGAACUAAGAAGUGACGAUGAAGACAAUAGUGAUGAUGAUUCACAUUCAUCAUCUGGUAGCAGUGACGACAGCAGCAGUGGCAGUAGUAGUGAUGAAAUGGAUGAUGAUGAGGAGGAAGAACAUGAGGAAG